AUGUCUAGAAUGAAUUUUGGACAUGAUCCAGAUGCUAAUGAUGGAGAAGUUCUUUGGGAUUGUUUUCAUCAAUCAUUACAAGCCAAUAAAAAAGGAUAUAAUAGGAAAAAAAGAAUCCUUUCUAUAAUAGCAGAAAAUUUUCUUAUAAAACUUUGA